AUGGUUAAUCCUCGCGCUGCUCGUUUUUCAUCUCUAAUUUUCAUUUUCCUCCUGUUAUUAGGAGAUAUGUCAUAUGGGUCUCCGUUUGGGAAUCGUAAAAGCGGGAAAUCAUCCGUGUUUUCAUUGUUUAACCUCAAGGAGAAGAGUCGAUUCUGGAGUGAAUCCGUUAUACGCACUGAUUUUGAUGAUUUGGAAUCAUCUAACCCGAGCAAAAUGAGUGCCAUCAACUACACCAAGGCAGGUAAUGUUGCAAAUUAUUUAAAGCUUUUGGAGGUGGACUCAAUGUACCUGCCAGUCCCUGUAAAUUUCAUUUUUAUUGGAUUUGAAGGAAAGGGGAACCAAGAAUUUAAGCUAAAUGCUGAAGAAUUAGAGCGUUGGUUCUCAAAAAUUGAUCACAUAUUUGAACAUACAAGGAUUCCGCAAAUUGGAGAAGUCCUAACGCCAUUUUACAAGAUUAGCAUAGAUCGAGAACAACAUCACCAUCUUCCCCUAAUCAGUCACAUCAGUUACAAUUUCUCUGUUCAUGCCAUUCAAAUGGGUGAAAAAGUCACGUCUAUAUUUGAGCGAGCUAUUGAUGUCCUUGGGCGCAGGGAUGAUGUGUCCAAUACCAGGGAUGAUGGAACAGGGCUUUGGCAAGUUGAUCUUGAUAUGAUAGAUGUCCUCUUCACCAGCCUAGUGGAGUAUUUGCAAUUGGAAGAUGUGUAUAACAUCUUUAUCUUGAACCCCAAGCGUGAUGCUAAAAGAUCUAAAUAUGGCUAUCGGAGAGGCUUAUCUGAAACUGAAAUAAACUUUCUCAAGGAGAACAAGGGCUUGCAAACAAGAAUUCUUCAGUCUGGAAGUAUACCUGAAAGUGUUCUCGCCCUUGAUAAAAUCAAAAGACCAUUGUAUGAAAAGCAUCCAAUGGCCAAGUUUUCCUGGACUGUGACGGAAGAGGCAGACACGAUAGAAUGGUACAAUAGAUGCAUAGAUGUGUUGAAUAACGUUGAAAGGCUAUAUCAAGGGAAAGACACAGCUGAUAUCAUUCAGAGCAAAGUUUCGCAGUUUUUAAAUGGGAAAAAUGAAGAUUUGAAGCUCUUUCUGGAGAAAGAUUUGAAGUCUGGCGACUUUAGUGGUUUUCAUGCCGAAUGUCUUACGGAUACAUGGAUUGGAAAGAAUAGGUGGGCAUUUAUCGACUUGACUGCUGGUCCUUUUUCAUGGGGACCUGCAGUGGGUGGAGAAGGUGUACGCACAGAACUGAGUCUACCUAAUGUGGAGAAAACAAUAGGCGCAGUUGCAGAAAUUUCAGAAGAUGAAGCUGAAGAUCGCUUGCAAGAGGCUAUUCAGGAGAAGUUUGCAGUGUUCGGUGAUAAAGAUCAUCACGCAAUUGAUAUCCUUCUAGCAGAAAUCGAUAUAUAUGAACUUUUUGCUUUCAAACACUGCAAGGGAAGAAAGGUCAAGCUCGCUCUUUGUCAAGAGCUUGAUGAUCGCAUGCAAGAUUUGAAAUCUGAGCUUCAGUCGUUUGAGGGUGAGGAAUAUGAUGAAAGUCAUAAGAGAAAAGCCGUAGAUGCAUUGAAACGCAUGGAGAGUUGGAAUUUGUUCACUGAUACUUAUGAGGACUUCCAAAAUUACACGGUUGCACGUGAUACAUUCCUUUCUCAUUUAGGGGCAACAUUGUGGGGUUCACUGAGACACAUGGUAUCUCCUUCCCUUGCUGAUGGAGCUUUUCACUAUUAUGAGAAAAUAUCAUUCCAGUUGUUUUUCAUCACACAAGAGAAAGUCAGACAUGUUAAACAGUUACCUCUUGAUCUGAAAAGUCUCAUGGAUGGGCUUUCCUCCCUGGUUUUACCUUCUCAGAAAGUGAUGUUCAGUCCACACCUUUUGCCACUAUCAGAGGAUCCUGCUUUGGCAAUGGCUUUUUCAGUGGCUCGUAGAGCGGCUGCUGUUCCAUUAUUGCUUGUGAAUGGCACGUAUAGAAAAACUGUACGUUCUUAUCUAGAUUCUUCCAUUCUUCAGCAUCAGCUGCAGAGGCUGAAUGAUCAUGCCUCUUUGAAAGGAUCACAUGCACAUAGCAGGUCUACGCUGGAAAUCCCUAUUUUCUGGUUCAUUCAUGGUGAUGCGCUGUUAGUUGACAAGCAUUAUCAGGCAAAGGCACUUUCUGAUAUGGUUAUUGUUGUUCAGUCAGAGCCGUCAUCCUUGGAGAGUCAUCUGCAAUGCAAUGGGCGGUCGCUUCUCUGGGACUUGAGGAGGCCUAUAAAAGCUGCACUUGCUGCUGUUUCUGAACAUCUAGCUGGGUUGCUUCCUCUUCAUCUAGUGUACAGUCAAGCACAUGAAACUGCCAUUGAGGACUGGAUAUGGUCAGUAGGUUGCCACCCACUGUCUAUCACUUCUCAAGGGUGGCAUACGUCUCAGUUCCAGUCUGAUACCAUUGCUCGGAGCUAUAUACUCACAACUCUUGAGGAAUCAAUACAACUUGUUAAUUCAGCUAUUCAUCUUCUUGUUAUGGAGCGUACAUCGGAACAAACUUUCAAGCUCUUUCAAUCCCAGGAGCGUGAUUUGGUGAACAAAUAUAACUACGUUGUUAGUCUUUGGAGAAGAAUUUCAACUGUUACUGGGGAACUACGCUAUGCUGAUGCCUUGAAACUGCUGUACACUCUAGAGGAUGCAUCCAAAGGAUUUGUAGACUAUGUAAAUGUAACUUUAUCCAGUCUCCGUCCAAUUCACUGCACUAGACAGAGGAAAGUCGAGGUUGAGUUUGAUAUGACCACAAUUCCUGCCUUUUUGGUGGUUCUACUUGUACUCUGGUUUGUAUUAAAGCCAAGAAGACCAAAGCCGAAGAUCAACUGA